GACCUCACGGCGCCCUUCAGCCCUCGCUCGCCGCCACCCCAACCACCCGCUGUGGCCUGUGGCCCGCACUGCCACGUGCUGGGAGGCGGUGCUGCCAGCCACGAGGGCAGCUGGAGCGACGACGACAAGUUGAUGCUUCAAAUCGCAUUCCCAAUCUUUGACUACAGCAG